CACGCGUGCGCUACGCGGUAAAAACCCACGUAGGACAGCUAAAUUACUAUAAGGUCCCUUGCUGCCCCACGGGGACUGCUGCGCAUUCGUCGGUCUCCCUGCCCAACCCUCUAUUCUCUUGUUUCCGGCAUUGACAUCAUAUUACUAAAUUCUCAUAAAUCUCCGCCUCCCCUCUCGUCAACCGGAAGCCAUUCACAAUGUCCAUACACCGAGUUACCUUGUUCAAGAUCCCGAAAGAAGAGGAUGUUGAUUUCCUCCUGGACCAGUACAAGAUACUUACAAAGGAGGCCCGCAAGGACGGCGCUCCGUACAUCGUGUCUAUCGUAGCCGGGCGUCCCUUGCCAGAUGAGCGAACCCGCGGCUUCACAUUGGUGGCCAAGACAACGUUCCGCUCGCUUGAAGACAUGCGGUAUUACGACUCCAGUUGUCAAGCGCACGCCAACUUCAAGAAGCACGUUCCAUCGCGGCGUGAAGGAGAAGUCGUAACGGUCUAUUUUGAGGAUGCUAUUGGGGCUGCGUAGGAGCUCUGGAUGGUGGAACUUUGAAUGUCUUGUAUGUAGAACUGUCAAUGUACGUACCUCUGGCCGUGAGGGUCAAUUUCACCCGUUGUUCUGCA